GCACUUUCUAUUAAAGAGAAGAUCGUCGUAUAAGGGGCUGUCACAGAAAGGAAAUAUUUACUGUUUGUUGAGUUGCCGCAAGCGAGGUGUGAUCUGUAGAGUCGACGGAAAGGCGUAUAGCAUUGACAAAAUGAGUCCAAACAUCUGCAUCGAUUUUGGAGCCAGCAACACACAUUAUGCCUUGUCCUCCAACAGUUGCCUGGGAUGCUCAAGCAAUGCCCUGGACGGUGCCUAGCUAUAGUGGGCUAAUGGAAUUCACCGGGAUUCGGCAGCCUGAUUUUGACCCAAUGAAAACUCUAUGCAGCAAAAAACGAAAAUCCCUCCUUGAUGGCGAAGUCCCAACAAAACAACACAUCACUGAAGAGAAAAUGGCAGCACACCUUGAUGGGCUUCACAUCUCAUCGGAUUACAUUUCGCACAGACUCAAUUCACCAAAUACAUCUUCAACAAUAGUUACUGUCCCCUUUGACAUGCAAAUGGAUCCAAAUAUCAAUACCAAUAAAGAAUGCAACAUUGCCAUGUCAGCAAAAGACCUCGAGGAGAAGCUGAAAAAUGCAAAUCGGAUCACUAUCUGUGAUGAAAUUCGCCGACUGCACACUGAAGAUGCAAUUAUUCCCAAAGCCUUGUUAGCACGUUAUGAGCAACCCUGCAAGGCAUUGGUUCUUUGGCAACCACCACAAAAACUUGCCGAUAUGAUAGUGCCUGCAACACAAAAGGACGAUGAAAUCAGUGAAGAUGAGGAAAAAGAUAAUAAUAAUGCAGUUAACAGUGUAGAUUUAAAUUAUUGUAUGGAUGUCGAGAUGUAGUGUUAAGUUUUGCUCCCUGUUGUGUUCUUGAGUAUGAUAAGGAACGAUUUUAUGAAUGAGUUUACGUAGAAGUCUUCAGUAUAAGGAUUCGAAAGUUUAAAAGUAGAUUACGUGUAAGUUUUAUACAUAUAUAUAGUUGUUCAAUUAUGUUUGAAUGCUUCAUACCUAUCGGCCAAGUAAGUUAGUAGACACAAAGGCAAUAACUGGUUUUGAAAAUUUUCGCGGACGGACAGAGGUGUCUGAACAGCCCGCCAAAUAAAUAAUUGUUCAUAGAUACUAUUACUACACUGUGAUACAGUUGUUUUUCUCCAUAAAUUUCCACGAGUUACAGACUGAAAAUGAUAAUUUCACUCUACAUAGUUUACUUCCACCCAAUUUCUCAUAACAACUAGCCUUUGUGCGCUGACUCGAAUCAUCAAUUUACUAUACUCUUCCGGAAAUGAGACCUUAUAUUGCUUAUGAUUUCAUUGUAAAGUAUUCAACAUCAAAUAAAAGAUCUCCUAAUGAA